AUGUCUCUGACGGCAACACAAACAGCGACCUCCCAAAUCCGCCUCUCCCCAGAACACGUUGGCAUUAUUCGCGGGGCAGGUGAUAUUCCUUCCGGCUCUUUGGAAACUGCGAAUCGUCUCUUGCAGCGGAAUCACGAUGAGCAUCACAUUUUCUGGCGUGAUUUUGCUGGUCACAAUCAUACCGUGCACAACGUUUUAACUUCAUUAGCGUUGGGAGCGACACCAGCGGAGUUGCAGUCUGCGUUUGAGGAUAAUUUGCCCGGACAACGACCGCUGCCGCCUGUUAAUGAGGAGGUUAUUCGCUCUUUUCAUGAUGAGGCGAAGUUUUAUGAGAAGAUCGGGGACCAGACGCACUAUACCAACUAUCUGAUAUUUUUCGAAAGGCUCAUUGAGGAACGAGGUUGGAAGGACGUCAUCAAUGAGUACUGCUUCUCCCGCUCGAGAGUCGCGGAUGCGAUGUUGAUUCGUAUGUUUGACGGCGCAUUUCACUCCAUUAUCCACUUAGGUCUCGGCAUCGAAUUCGAGCAAGCCUCAAUUAUAGCAGAGGGUCUCGCACAAGCUGCGGUGCAUGAUCACCUAGGCACAGACCCGUUCUUCCUCGACGCAGAGAAGUUGGCCAACGAGUCUGCAUAUGAAAAGCACAACCUAGUCGACCUGCUCAAGGAAGUCCGCGCCAACGAGACCAUUCGUACAGCAGCGCACUGGGAUGACUUCGCCGUCAUGAAGAUGAAAGUGGGCGUCUUGGGUCGCUCAUUGAAAGAGAUGACACAGCUCGCUGCCAAAUUUCGCGUUGCUCGCGAAGAGGUUGAAGAGAGGACCGCAGAGAUGAUUAGCUGUUGUGCAUAUCUGGCCGGUGCAGGCCAAAGAGAAGGGAAAGAGCGCAAGAUUGACUUCUUCUACAUGCAUGACGUCACUUCUUCCAUCUUCCUGACCGUCCUGAUGAGGCAGCCCUGGAUCAGCAUAGAGGACAAGGCAAGAUGUGUCGAGUGGAAGUGCCGUCUCGACUUAGUUUGGUACGCCAGUUGUGGCACCCCCGAGCUCGACGUACGCAACAUCUCUGAGUAUAAAGGAGGGCCGGCCGAUGGUAUGGACUGGGAUGCCCUCUACAAGGCUAUCAAUGCUAUGCAUGAUGAUGGGCACGUCGCUAAAUUUGUGCGUGCACUGAAGAAUGGGGAGGAAGUGAGUCAGCCGUUCGAGAAGGACAAUGCAGCGUUUCCAGUAAAGGGGGAUUCCUGGUUGAGGUUGGCGAGAAUGGCGUAUAAUGCCACUGUGGGUAGGGUGCACGAAGAUAAGUGGGUUGCCUUCGUAGGCUUUGAUCAGGCUUGGGAAAAGGUGCCUGCGUUGGGUGCUUGA